UCUCGUCUGAUUGAAGCUAACACCCUUCGGCCUUGUUCACCCUGCGCGUCGCGCUCCAACACUUCACUCUACAUCUCCACGACCGUAGAUACAUUUCUUGUAGGAAUGGCUGAUGCCGCUGGCCUCGCUUUCGCCGUUUUCGAUAAACUUUGGCUGGUGGGUUCGAAGACAGCCGAGGCAAUCUCCGAUUAUAGAGAGUUCGACAAGGAUAGCAUCAAGCUUGCAAAUGAUCUCAUAACUGAGAUCAACCGGACAAAAACAUUAGAGUGUCUACUCUUUGAACCAUCCAAGGCGUAUGAUGGAAAAUCUCUCUUCACCCAGUUCGACGAAAACGUGCAAAUCCAAAUCCACGUGCAACUGCGCAAACUCUUAAACAUCAUCAACGAGGGUGCCGAGCUACUAGAAUGCCAAAAAAUCGACCAACACUCGGCCUUACCACCCGAAAAAGACCGACUUCCAACCCGUUUCUCCAAAAGUCCCCUUUUGAGCAGCGAUACGACCUUAUCUAAGAAGCCUAGUCGCACUCUUCGCUUGCGAUGGUCACUGUGGGACAAAAAACGGCUGGAGAUGAUCAUCAGAAAGUUCGUCCAGGAGAACGAGAAGGUGAGUGGGCAAGUACAGCUUAUGUGCCAUGCCACCAGCGUCGGGGUCACAUUGACCCACCUCGAUCGGCUCAAAACGAACGAACACUCCAAAAAGCUGGGCUUCGAUCUCCCUGCUCAUCUACAUAUAGAAACAACAGGAAUGAAUGCGUCGCCCAUUAGUCUCCAGCUAAACGACGAAACAUUAUUCCGCAAAUUAGCCACGCAUUCUAAAGAAACCAGCGGAUUCACCAUCAUCGCCCACGAUAACAGAGACCUGCUUGCAGAAUUUCGGAGCUACGCCCCUGACAAGAUCGAAGCUACAGCAUUAGAAACGCGAACGAAGGAUCGGAUCGAGCUACUAGCCCGUCUUCUAUGUCAAAAGAAGGAUACCGUGUUCCACACUUUAUCAUGUUUAGGUUGGGUCCUAGACGCCCAAAACAAUCGCGUUGCAUUCAUUUUCAGCAUCCCGGAAAACGCACAGCCAAAACCUACCAGCCUCCUCGACGCAUACAGAUUAAAAGACUACCGCCCCACACUCGGUGAGCGCUUCAGACUCGCACACAGUCUCUCCCGAGCCUUGAGCGAACUGCAACUUGUGCAAUGGGUCCACAAAAGCUUCCGCAGCGAAAACAUCCUCCUUUUCCCCAACCCAGAACCCCGCCUCGAGGUUUCGCAGCCCUGGGUAAUGGGCUUCGAGUUCAGCCGUCCGGAAUUCGACUUCUCGUCCGGAAGAGCAGACGACGACGUCGCGCGCAACGUAUACCGGCAUCCGGAACGGCAAAAGCAGCCCCAAAAGCCCUUUACCAAAAUCCACGACAUCUACAGUUUAGGCGUGGUGCUACUCGAGAUCGGACUGUGGCGGCCGGUUCUCACGCUGACGACAGAUGGGUUCAAGCGUGUCAAAGACGCGUGGACGGUGCAGGAGUAUCUUGUUAAGAAAGCCGAACGCUCCUUGCCGCGGGAAGUUGGGGAGCAUUAUAAGCAGUGUGUGUCUCGCUGUUUGGCUGGGCGGUUCGAUGUUUUGGGGGGUGAGAAGGAGGAUUUGGGGUUGCAGCAGGCGUUUCGGGAGCAGGUUGUGGAUGUUUUGGAGGGUGCUGCGCAGAGUAUUGGAUGAUGUAGAGUUGCAUGUUGCCGUUUACUGGUGAUGAAUAGAUUGACGAUUGACGAUCUCGUUUUCAAGGGUACUUCGUAGUUGCGAAGAGUGUAAGCGUUGUCAGGAGGAACUCGCAAAAUAAAUGGCAAAAACCCACAUCAUUCUAGAGAGCUCCUUUUCUAUAAAAAAAAGGUAAGGAAAAGAGAAGAAGAAAGAACCGGACAUAUCAUGUUUAUUAUACAUUCUAACAAUAUUACAAGAUAAUCUAGUCUAUCAGACGCACAAGUAAUGCGGAUUUCCAAGUUUCUUUCAUCAAGUAUACCCAU